AGCGGCCAAUUAAUAAGGUUGUGUUUUGUUUCACGGUUUAAAUAGGAAAUUUUAAAAAAGCCACGUGGGUUUUAUAAAACCAUUUGAUUUGCAUUAAUUUAAGUGAAAAUACAAACGAAAUUACAAUAAAAAUUCAGCUUUAAAUUAUAAUUCCAUUAUUUUUCCUUCGCCUUCAACAUGUCUUCGCCCAAUUGUUAUUUGGUUCUUGAAGACUCUACCGUCUUAAGCGGCCAUGCGUUUGGCGCUAAAGCUCCCGUAGAUGGUGAGGUAGUAUUCCAAACUGGUAUGGUGGGCUAUCCCGAAUCCAUGUCAGAUCGUUCGUACAGAGCACAACUAUUGGUAUUAACUUAUCCGAUGAUUGGUAACUAUGGUGUACCCGAUAUGGAUGAAAAAGAUGAAAACGGUUUGCCCAAACAUUUGGAGUGGUUGGAGGGCAUAUCGGUAGCAGCCUUAGUGGUGGGAGAAAAUUGUGAAACACCCUCUCAUUGGCGUGCCAAGGAAACAUUAUCCCAAUGGAUGGAAAAACACAAUGUGCCUGGUAUUAGUGGCAUAGAUACCAGAGCCUUGACCAAGAAGAUACGUGAAAAUGGUACGAUAUUGGGACGCAUUGUUUAUGAGUAUCCUGAAAAUGUAGCUUCUCUGAAAUUCUCCGAUCCCAAUCAGCGUAAUUUGGUGGCUGAGUGUUCGGUAAAGGAACCCAUGGUGUUCAAUGAGUCCGGUUCUCCUCGUAUCUGUGCUGUGGAUUGUGGUUUGAAAUUGAAUCAAAUUAAAUGCUUUAUUUCCCGUGGCGCAAGAGUUGAAUUGGUGCCCUGGAAUUGGGAAUUGGAUGAAUCCAAAUUUGAUGGUCUGUUCAUUUCCAAUGGUCCUGGUGAUCCGGUUGUUUGCAAGGAUACCGUUACUCAAAUAAAAAAAGUGUUGAAAUCAGGCAAGAAGCCAGUGUUUGGUAUUUGUUUGGGUCAUCAGUUGUUGUCCACAGCUAUUGGCUGCAAAACCUACAAAAUGAAAUACGGCAACAGAGGUCACAAUUUACCUUGUAUCCACCAUGGUACAGGACGUUGUUUUAUGACUUCACAAAAUCAUGGUUUUGCUGUAGACACCGAAACUUUGCCCUUGGAAUGGGAGCCUUUGUUCACCAAUGCCAACGAUAGCACCAAUGAAGGUAUAAUUCACAAACAGAAACCCUAUUUCUCGGUACAAUUCCAUCCGGAGCAUACCGCUGGUCCCGAAGAUCUGGAAAUUCUAUUUGAUAUAUUCUUAAGUGCGGUGAAAAAUCAAAAAAUACAGGGCGCUUCCACCAUUAGUUUACGCCAACAGCUGAUAAAUCGUCUUUCGUAUACACCCACUCCCGAGUCUUUGCUGGAAAAGAGACCACGCAAAGUUUUAAUUUUGGGUUCUGGUGGUUUAUCUAUUGGCCAGGCUGGUGAAUUUGAUUAUUCUGGUUCCCAGGCCAUUAAAGCCAUGAAGGAGGAAAAAAUUCAAACUGUUUUGAUUAAUCCCAACAUUGCCACCGUACAAACUUCCAAGGGCUUGGCCGACAAGUGUUACUUUUUGCCAUUGACAGCCGAAUAUGUGGAACAAGUUAUUAAGGCUGAAAGACCUAAUGGUGUACUUUUGACGUUUGGUGGCCAGACAGCUUUGAACUGUGGUGUCGAGUUGGAAAGAUCCGGAGUGUUCUCCAAAUACAAUGUCAAGAUUUUGGGUACUCCCAUCAAAUCAAUUAUAGAGACUGAAGAUCGUAAAAUAUUCGCUGAGCGUGUUAAUGAGAUUGGAGAACAGGUGGCUCCUUCCGAGGCCGUUUAUUCCGUAGAAGAAGCUAUAAAUGCUGCCAAGCGUAUUGGCUAUCCCGUAAUGAUAAGAGCUGCCUUCUCUUUGGGUGGUUUGGGUUCCGGUUUUGCCGAUAAUGAAGAGGAAUUGAAUACUUUGGCGCACCAGGCUUUGGCUCACUCCAGCCAACUGAUUAUAGAUAAAUCUUUGAAAGGCUGGAAAGAAGUCGAGUACGAGGUAGUAAGAGAUGCCUUCGACAAUUGCAUAACCGUUUGUAACAUGGAAAACUUGGAUCCCUUGGGUAUCCACACAGGCGAAAGUAUUGUGGUCGCUCCUUCUCAAACACUCAACAAUCGCGAAUAUAAUAUGCUGAGAACAACCGCCUUGAAGGUUAUUCGUCAUUUUGGCGUGGUGGGAGAAUGUAAUAUCCAGUAUGCUUUGAAUCCUUACUCCGAGGAGUACUUCAUCAUAGAAGUUAAUGCCCGUCUUUCGAGAAGUUCUGCCCUGGCUAGUAAGGCUACCGGUUAUCCUUUGGCUUAUGUGGCUGCUAAACUUUCCUUGGGAGUGCCUUUGCCCAGCAUUAAGAAUUCGGUUACUGGCGUAACCACAGCCUGCUUUGAGCCCUCUUUGGAUUAUUGUGUAGUUAAAAUUCCACGCUGGGAUCUAUCCAAAUUCACCAGAGUCAGCAAAAAUAUUGGCAGUUCCAUGAAGAGUGUAGGAGAGGUCAUGUCCAUUGGUCGCAACUUUGAAGAAGCAUUCCAAAAGGCUUUGCGAAUGGUAGACAAUUCCGUGAACGGUUUUGAUCCCUAUUUGCAAGAAGUAAACAAUGAGGAACUGACAGUACCCACCGAUAAAAGACCAUUUGUAUUGGCCGCUGCUCUUAAAGCAAACUAUUCCAUAGAUGAACUACAUUCUUUAACUAAAAUCGAUAAAUGGUUUUUGAACAAAAUGAAAAACAUCAUUGAAUACUAUAAAAUAUUGGAACUAAAUGGUUCCACAUUGUCGGCUCAACAAUUGUGGCAUGCCAAGCGCAUGGGUUUCUCCGACAAGCAAAUUGGUGAGGCAGCCAAAAUCACCGAGUUGGCGGUGCGUACUUUGAGAAAAGAAAUGGGUAUUAUUCCAUUCGUGAAGCAAAUCGAUACAGUGGCUGGCGAAUGGCCAGCAGCAACCAAUUAUUUGUAUUUAACCUACAAUGCUUGUGAAAAUGAUAUCGACUUCCCUGGCGGCUACACCAUUGUGGUGGGAUCAGGUGUAUACCGUAUUGGUUCCUCUGUGGAGUUCGAUUGGUGUGCUGUGGGAUGCUUGAGAGAACUGAGAAAUCUUGGCAAACAAACCAUUAUGAUCAAUUAUAAUCCCGAAACGGUGUCCACCGAUUACGACAUGUGUGAUCGUUUGUACUUUGAGGAAAUUUCCUUUGAAGUAGUCAUGGAUAUUUAUGAGCUGGAACAUUCCGAAGGUAUCAUUCUGUCUAUGGGUGGUCAAUUGCCCAACAACAUAGCCAUGGAUUUGCACAGACAGCAAGCCAAGGUAUUGGGUACUUCACCAGAAUCUAUUGACUCAGCAGAAAAUCGUUUCAAAUUCUCACGUAUGUUGGAUCGUAAGGGAAUUUUACAACCCAGAUGGAAGGAGUUGACCAAUCAUGAAUCGGCCAUAACUUUCUGUGAGGAGGUCGGUUUUCCCUGUCUGGUAAGACCCUCAUAUGUUUUAUCGGGAGCUGCCAUGAAUGUGGCCUAUUCCAAUCAAGACUUGUUGACUUAUCUCAGUGCUGCCUCCAAAGUCAGCAAAGAGCACCCAGUUGUUAUUUCGAAAUUCUUAACGGAAGCCAAGGAAAUCGAUGUAGAUGCUGUGGCUGCCGAUGGUGAAAUUCUGUGUAUGGCUGUAUCGGAGCAUGUGGAAAAUGCUGGUGUCCACUCUGGUGACGCUACUUUGGUAACACCUCCCCAGGAUUUAAACACCGAGACUUUGGACAACAUCAAACGUAUUACCCGUGAUUUGGCUGCGAUGCUGGAUGUUACUGGUCCUUUUAACAUGCAAAUUAUCGCCAAGAACAAUGAGCUGAAAGUAAUUGAGUGCAAUGUAAGAGUUUCCAGAUCAUUCCCCUUCGUAUCGAAGACCUUGAAUCACGAUUUUGUGGCCACUGCUACCAGAGCCAUUAUGGGUUUGCCGGUGGAACCGGUAGAUGUGUUGCUUGGUGUUGGCAAAGUUGGUGUUAAGGUGCCACAAUUCAGUUUCUCGCGUUUGGCUGGAGCUGAUGUGCAAUUGGGCGUUGAAAUGGCCUCAACUGGUGAGGUGGCCUGUUUUGGUGACAAUCGCUAUGAAGCCUAUUUGAAGGGUAUGAUGUCAACUGGCUUCCAAAUUCCUAAAAAGGGUAUUCUGCUCUCAAUUGGUAGUUUUAAGCACAAAAUGGAACUUUUGCCCUCCAUUAGAGACUUGGCCAAAAUGGGUUACAAACUCUAUGCCUCCAUGGGUACUGGUGAUUUUUAUGUUGAACACGGUGUGGAUGUUGAAAGUGUGCAAUGGACUUUCGACAAAAACAUGCCCGAAGACCUAAGCGGUGAAUUGAGACAUUUGGCUGAGUUUUUGGCCACCAAACAAUUUGACAUGGUUAUCAACUUGCCCAUGAGUGGUGGUGGAGCUAGAAGAGUUUCCUCAUUCAUGACUCACGGCUAUCGCACUAGACGUUUGGCGGUCGACUAUUCCAUUCCCUUGGUAACGGAUGUUAAAUGUACCAAAUUGUUGGUGGAAUCUAUGCGCGUUACUGGACGCAAGCCGCUCAUGAAAACUCAUACCGAUUGCAUGACUUCCAGACGUAUGGUCACGCUGCCCGGUUUCAUUGAUGUCCAUGUGCAUUUGCGUGAACCAGGUGCCACACAUAAAGAAGAUUUUGCCAGUGGCACAGCAGCCGCUUUGGCCGGUGGUGUUACUAUGGUGUGCGCCAUGCCCAACACAAAUCCCUCUAUCAUAGAUAGAACCUCGUUUACUUUAUUCCAAGAGUUGGCCAAGGCUGGUUCACGCUGUGAUUAUGCCCUGUUUGUAGGUGCUGCCGAUACAAAUUGGCAAACUAUUCAUGAAUUGGCUCCCCAGGCAGCUGGUUUGAAAAUGUAUUUGAAUGAUACAUUCAGUACACUCAAAAUGAGUGAUAUGACUGUGUGGGAGAAACACAUGCAAAACUGGCCCAAGCGUGCCCCUAUUGUGUGCCAUGCUGAGAAACAAACUAUGGCUGCUGUUAUCCUGAUGGCCCAUCUUAUGGAUCGUGCAGUGCAUAUCUGUCACUUGGCCCGCAAAGAAGAAAUUUUGAUCGUUAAAGCCGCCAAGGAUAAGGGUAUGCGUGUGACCUGCGAGGUAUGUCCUCAUCAUCUAUUCCUGUCCACCAAGGAUGUAGAUUCCAUUGGCUCGGGCAGAGCUGAAGUUAGACCUGUACUGUGUUCACCUGAGGAUCAAAAGGCGUUGUGGGAUAAUAUGGAUUACAUCGAUGUAUUUGCCACAGAUCAUGCUCCCCACACUUGGGAAGAAAAGAAUUCGGAGAAGCCACCACCAGGCUUCCCAGGCAUUGAAACAAUUUUACCUUUACUUUUGCAAGCUGUCGAUGAUGGUCGUUUGUCUUUGGAAGACAUUAAGAAUAAAUUCUAUCGCAAUCCUAAGAAAAUAUUCAGCCUGCCAGAGCAACCCAAUACUUAUGUGGAGGUUGAUUUGGAUGAGGAAUGGGUUAUAAGCAAAGAAUUCAUGCAUUCCAAGUCGAAGUGGACGCCAUUUGAGGGUAUGAAGGUGAAGGGUAAGGUGCAUCGUGUAGUCUUACGUGGUGAAGUGGCCUACAUUGACGGAGAAGUGUUGGUGCAGCCUGGCUAUGGUCAAAAUGUGCGCAGCCACUAUAAUCUCAAGUCCUUGUUGCAGCAAUCUAUGGAAUCGUUGGAAAUUAAAACUUCUAUCGAUAAUUUGGAUACGGUUAAAUUGUUGGAUCGUAGCACCGAUUUUGUUUCCGAUUCUCAGGCUAAUGAAGCUUUUGCCAAAUUGCUGUCGGAAACACCUACGAAAACCAAUGUACACUUUUCAGGAGAUCCCAACUUUUUACGUCCCAUUUCUCCGUCACCACGUAUACGUUGUGAUUCGGCCAGUAAUGCCACUCUAAAGGAACUCAUACAAAAGACUUCAGCUACAGCACCUAUUUCACCCGUUACUCACAGUCUCUUGGGACGCCACAUUUUGUCGGUGGAUAUGUUCACCAAGGAGCAGCUUAAUGACAUUUUCAAUUUGGCUCAAUUGCUUAAGAGUCGUGUGGUUAAAGAUCGUCCCGUGGAUGAUUUGUUAAAGGGCAAAAUCAUGGCAUCCGUAUUUUAUGAAGUUAGUACCAGAACGUCUUGCAGUUUUUCAGCAGCCAUGCAAAGAAUGGGUGGUCGUGUCAUUUAUAUGGAUGAGACCAGUUCUUCGGUGAAAAAGGGUGAAACCUUGGAGGACAGUAUAUCGGUGAUGGCUGGCUAUGCGGAUGUGGUAGUGCUAAGACAUCCACAACCUGGUGCAGUGGGCCGUGCUGCUCAGCAUUCACGCAAACCUUUGAUUAAUGCCGGCGAUGGUGUUGGUGAACAUCCCAGUCAAGCUUUACUCGAUAUCUUCACCAUAAGAGAGGAAAUCGGUACCGUCAAUGGUCUCACCAUUACUAUGGUGGGUGAUUUGAAACACGGUCGCACCGUGCAUUCUCUGGCCCGUCUCUUGACUCUCUACAAUGUGACCAUACAAUAUGUCAGCCCCUCUAACUUGGGCAUGCCCGAGCACAUCAUGCGCUAUAUCAGCUCCAAGGGUAUUAGUCAAAAGGUCAUGCAAAGCUUAGAGGAAGCCCUACCCACCACCGAUGUGUUGUAUAUGACACGCAUACAAAAGGAAAGAUUCGCCAGCGAGGAAGAAUAUGAAAUGUGCUGCGGUAAAUUUAUUGUCACACCCAAACUCAUGACCCGUGCCAGUCGUCGUACCAUUGUUAUGCAUCCUUUGCCUCGUGUAUUUGAAAUUAGCAAAGAUUUCGACUCAGAUCCCAGAGCGGCCUAUUUCCGUCAAGCCGAAUACGGCAUGUAUGUACGCAUGGCUCUAUUAGCCAUGGUAAUGGGUUGUCGCAACUGAUACGCUGCGGAAUACCAAGAAAUUGUUGAUUUACUUUAGAAGGCAUUUUUCUAUUUACUAGGAUUUUUUACAUAAGUUAUAUUCUCUUUUUUUAUAUACAUAUACUAUUUUACAAUAUCAUUUAUAAUAAACUACAUACAUAUACUAUAUAAUAAAAUUAACAAAGUUUAAAAGCUUAAAAAAUACAUACAAAAAAACAA